CUCAUCAUAUCAUUUGUGAGCGUUUAAACGAACAGUUUGAAGUUACACCGCAACAAAAAUCGCCGCCAAAAUCGUUUGUGCAUCAAAAUCAAAGUAUCUCAGAAGUAAAGAAAAAAACAGAAAAAAAUCCAAUUCAAAAUGAAAGUGUUUGUGGUAUUAUCAGCUGUUUUGGCCAUCGCUUGCGCCGCUCCAAGUGUUAACGAUGAUUCGUCAUCGUUCCGUAAAAUGCUCGGCAAUUGUUUGGGUAGUGAAGAUACAGUGACAUGUUUAUCAAUCAAAGGAAUUACCGCAUUGAACCGUGCUGCCCGUAGUGCAAACUUCGAAGUUUUGCCAGGAGUAUCUUUCCAAAGAGAUACAUCAAUUUCGGCCCGUAGUGCUAAAGCAAUUUCAGAAAAUGAAAUUGCCGAUUCACUUCCAGCUGAUGAAUCGGAACGUAGCGGCCGUCUCUUCGACUUGGCUAUGGAUUCGUUGGCCAAUUUUGCUGAAUCGCACUCAUUGCAAGUGAAAUUCCCAAAAGAAGCAUCGGAAAGCGUUGCCCGUGCCAUCGAAGAGGGACGUGGUAAAUUGAAGAAGGUUGCUGGUCCACUAUUGUUGGCAGUCGGUGCAAAAUUGAUUGCUUUCGUUCCAUUGUUCUUGGGCGGUUUGAUUUUCUUGGCAUUUAAGGCUUUGGUUGUGUCAAAGAUUGCAUUCCUUUUGGCUGCCGUUCUUGGUUUCCAAAAAUUCGGUACUGGUGGCAGUGGCUUGGGAUUGCUCAGUAAAGUGACCAACGGUGUUGGCAACGGCUGGUCAUCAGGUGCACAAAACAGUGGAUGGUCAUCAGGUUCAGGCCUCUCAUCACAAUAUCCAUACGCCCGAAACUAUGAAAACGCACAAGAUUUGGCCUACAACGCAUACGCUGGCGAAAUCCCAGCCGCCGGACAACAACAACAAUAAAUGCAACAAACAACAUCAAAGUACACAUCGAAACUGUAUCGUUGACACACAAUUCAUAUUUCGUCGUUAUUUCAUAACAACCGUUUUGAUUGACAAAGCCAAAACGAUAAGAAGCAUGUUGUGAGUAACGAGAUUUGUUGGAGUAGCAAAAAAAAAGAGAGAGACAGAAAAAAAAUCUAGUAAUAUUUAGAUAAUCGAAAGAAAAACAAACAAACGCAACGACAAAAGAAGAAACCACAUAGAAUCAAAUCAUUUUUUUUUUUAGUUUCAAAUCAUAAAUAAGUAGAAAGCGCUAAAACGGUAGAAUACUAACGUUGCCAUUGGAUCGUCACGCGCACACAACCACCGCAAUAUGCCAGGUACUGUACAUAAAACAUUCAAACCAACACCACACACAGCGAUCCAAAGGCGCGAAGCAACGCAUGAAGAAGAAAAAAAAACAGUCAAAUACCAAAAUAAUAGAGUUAAUAAUUUAAUUGAACGCAGCUUAAAUGAAAUGACUACAAAAAAACAAAUUGAUUGGUGUAAAAAAAAACAUACAAUUAUGCAAAAACUCAUUCGAAACCUUUUUUCCGAACACAUACACAGAUUUUUUCCUCCUAAAAAAAUUUAUUUGUUUCGUCGCCGUCACAUAACCCGAUCGAAAUCGUUCUUUUUUUUCGUCAAAAACAAAAAAAUGUAUUUCGUAUCGAUUAUUGUUUUUUUUUACCAUAAAUUUAUUUAUUAACUUAUUUUAAUUAUGUGUCAUUAAAUUAUUCAAAUUAUUAUUUAAAAACGACCAAUGUAAAGAGAAAUAAAAACGAGAAAGAAAAAAACUUAAAAAAAA